AUGACUUCCAACAACGACAACCCAUGGGAGGAUCAGCGCAGUCAGCAGCAGCAAGGCUACCAAAGCCAGAAUCCGUACCAAGCGUACCAGUAUCCGCCCACAAACCCUUACGCUCAGCAGCCGGCUUUGAAUCCUCUCGGCCAGCAUCCCCCUCAGCAACAGGAUACAUCUCCGUGGGGCCAAGAGACUGAUCACACGCCAUCCUACAACUCCCAGGCGCCGCCUCAACCUCAAGAGACUUCUCAGCACUCAUACUAUGAAGAGAACACCCCCCAGCAGCCUUUCCAGGGUCAGCCACUCCAUCCUAGUCAAGAUGAGGCACCGCCUGUUCUGCCACCUCGCCGUACAGCCACGGAAAUGGCACUUCCUACGGGACAGGACCGUUCUCAUCAGAUUGAGGUCAUGCAGAGUUACGAAGCAAGAGGAAGGAAAGAUGAUGACGAUGAUAAUGUUGAAAUUCUGCAGCGCGAGUUUCCCAAGAUCGACGGAAGCCUUAUUGCAGCCAUAUACGGCGAUAGUAAGAGUCUGAGCGCGACUAGAGAGAUGUUGCAUGCGUUGGAGUAG